CAAAGGUAGACAACUGUAGAAGAACGACAUGCCCCGAGUUGUCUGGUCGCCUCGCUACUUAUCCUCGACAUUUCGCAGCACAAUUCCGUCCAUUUGUUCAUCUUUGCUGCUUGGUGCCAAACGGCCUGACAAACUAACUGGAAGGAAACUGUGGACUAUGGAUAAACCUAACUCGAACACCAAAAGUCCCAAGAAAAAAACAAGUCCAACACAGUUACAGUUGCCUCGACCUCGGAAUACACGAGCAGAAAUUAGAGACCCAGAAGCGAAAGAUGCAAAAGAAAACUAUCUGAACAUGACACUGGAACAAAAACGAGAAUUUUCUGCUUGUGGUCCCAAGGAUUUCAAAACCCUUAGCGAUAUACCUACAUGGCCAGAAUAUUAUGCUAACUUGAAGACAAGUAAAUCGAAGUCAGCAGAAAAAGGUACAAACAUCAGCAAGUACAAAGUGAAUGAGGCUUUCAACAAGAAGCUGUCAUUGAUCCGUGCAGAUAUCACCACACUGGAGGUUGAUGCCAUUGUAAAUGCUGCCAAUCAAACACUGCUUGGAGGAGGAGGAGUGGAUGGAGCCAUUCAUGCAGCAGCAGGGAAACAACUGAAAAAAGAGUGUGCAACCCUUGGAGGCUGUGAGACUGGUGAUGCCAAAAUCACAGAGGGUUACAAGCUUCCUGCAAAGCAUGUUAUACAUACAGUGGGACCCAUUGGUGAAAUCCCUGACAAACUUCAAAGCUGCUAUCGGGCUUCCCUUAAUCUUGUCAAAGAAAACAAUCUUAAGUCUGUGGCCUUUCCUUGCAUUUCAACAGGAAUAUAUGGUUACCCUGUGAAGGCAGCAACUGAUGUGGCUCUGCAGACCAUUAGGGAAUGGUUAGAGAAAGACAAGUAUGCUGACAAGAUUGAAAGAAUCAUCCUCUGCCUGUUCCUCAAGAAAGAUGUGGAAGUGUAUGAACAACUCCUUCAGGUUUACUUUCCCCUUCCAGAACAUGGACACUCCAGUGACAGAGAGGCUGAUGCUACAACAGAGAAGGCAAGGGAUGAGACUGAUACUUCACAGGCUUGAAGGAAUAUUAGCAGCCAAGAAAAAUGACCCUGUGAUGGUGCCACAACCCACAUCUCGCCUGUAAUGUUACCUGUAUUGCAGAAAGCCCAGUGAAACGAGUUGGCACAAAAGGCAUGAAAGAGACAAGUUCUGACAAAAAGUUUGAAGAUGCAGUCAACACCAGCCCACCCACUAAACAGCCAGAGGACAGUCCUUCUGCUCCUAAACGAAAGUCACCCCAUAGC